AUGGCCCGUCCUCCACGAGAUGCCUUCCAAAUCGGCUGGAUCUGUGCCCUUCCGAUUGAGGCUGCGGCUGCUACUGAAAUGUUUAAUGAGAAAUUCGGGAUUCUUGAGGAGCAAGAUGCAGCGGACUCAAAUACCUACACACUGGGCCGAAUCGGCAAACACCACGUCGUGAUCGCCUGCCUCCCUGGAGGCCAGUACGGAACUACCUCAGCCACUACGGCCGCAAACAACAUGCUUCGCACCUUCUCUAAGUCGCUUCGAAUCGGAUUGAUGGUCGGUAUCGGGGGUGGAGUUCCUUCCGCUGCUCAUGAUAUUCGACUCGGCGAUGUCGUCAUUAGUUAUCCCCAAGGCACUUGUGGUGGGGUGAUUCAAUAUGAUAUGGGCAAGAUUAUUGCAGGUGGCGAAUUCGAACGCACUGGUUCGUUGAACAGUCCGCCGAGGGCAAUAUUGACCGCAGUUGGCACCAUGAGAGCCGCCAGCCUGACGGAUGAUCCCCGCUACCUGGAGUUUCUCCAAAGUGCAAUCGGAAGAACUGCUCGAACUCGGAAGAAUUUUAGCCGGCCUGCUGUACAAUCCGAUCGACUUUUCAAGACGCAAUAUGAUCACCCUGCCAAUAUAAGCAACUGUGAUAACUGUCUAGCGGAGUGGGAAGAAAUAAGAGAUGAACGGGAGGAUAGUGAUCCACAGCCCCACUAUGGUAUCAUUGCUUCUGGCAAUAAUGUCAUCAAGCACGGGCGGACAAGGGAGCAACUUCGUUCAGAGACCGGGACAUUGUGCUUUGAAAUGGAGGCAGCUGGUCUGAUGCUGGACUUUCCAUGUAUUGUCAUCCGCGGUAUUUGUGAUUAUGCUGACUCGCAUAAGAACAAGGAAUGGCAUGGAUAUGCUGCCUUAGCUGCUGCUGCAUAUACAAAAGAGCUACUGGAGUAUAUUCCAGUUGGCCAUGUAUCACAAGAGAGCUUGGUAGAAGAUAUUUGCAACAGAUUGAAGACCGAAAUUAAAGGCACAAAUCAACGCCUAGACCAGUCAUACAAUCAACAAGAACAACAUCAUCGUGAGAAGGUUGCAUUUGUUUUGACAGAUCAGCAACACCGCUGUCACCAAAUAUUUAAGAUAUCAACUUACGAGGAGCAAAAGAACAUCAAUCCUAAAAAAGUGGAAGGAACCUGUCUAUGGGCUCUGCAGAGCCCUGAAUACACCCGUUGGUCGGACAGUAGCUGUAACGAUCUUCUCUGGGUGUCUGCUGACCCAGGCUGCGGGAAAUCUGUGCUUUCCCGAUCAAUAAUCGACGGCCGCUUAGAAGAUCCUUGUCUAGAAGUGACGAUUUGUUACUUUUUCUUUAAGGACAAUGACCAACAGAAUCAUCUUGCCAUAGCAUUAUGCUCAGUACUUCACCAGCUUUUUAGCCAGCGGCCUCAGCUAUUGCGCUAUGCCAUACCCUCCUGGGAACAGAAUGGGGAGAAUCUCCGACAAGAAGUUGACGAACUAUGGAGAAUUUUUACAAUCGCCGCAUCGUCAGAUGAAUCAUGCAAGACAAUUUGCAUAUUUGAUGCGCUUGAUGAAUGCCGCGAGAUUGAUCAGAAUCGACUAAUCGAGAAGCUCCAGUCGUUUCACCGCCUGCCACGUCCGCUGACACAGGAUACCUGGUUGAAAUUCCUGGUCACUAGUCGCCCAUAUGACGACAUCCAGAGUCGGUUCCAAGGGAUCACGGACUCUUUCCCACAUCUCCAUCUGAAAGGAGAGGAAGAAAAUGAACAAAUCCGCGGAGAAAUUGAUCUUGUUGUGAAGAUGCGAGUAAGAGAGCUCGCUGAAACAGUGGCAUUGCCACGGGACACAGAGCAGCGACUCGAGCAGCAGCUUCUACAAUUGGAGCACCGUACGUAUCUCUGGCUACACUUAGCCAUUGACGAUAUUCGAUCUACACUCGAGCAUAGCCUUCGCCCUGCUGAGGAGCCAAUUCAGUUAAUACCUCGAUCAGUUGAUGAGGCAUACGAGAAGAUUCUUAGCCGAGUGCCCCUUGGUCAAGUAGACACUGUGAGGAAGAUCUUACAAAUUGUUGUGGCAGCACGGCGCCCUUUAACAACAGUGGAAAUGGCCAUGGCACUCGGUAUAGCUAUCUCCCCACAAUGCCGGAAAGCAGCAAAGGCUACUCUUGAAUCCUCCCAGAUAGACAAAAAGCUACGUCGAUUAUGUGGCCUUUUUGUUUUCAUUAGUAACUUCAAGAUCUACUUUAUUCAUCAGACAGCAAGGGAAUUUCUCGUUAGAAAGAGUAGUUCCAACAGUGUCAACUACCUAUACUCGUGGACCCUAACUGAUACCGAGGAUCAAAUGGCUGCAAUCUGUUUGCGAUACCUAUUGAUGGAGGAUCUGGAACACGACGAUGAGGAUUCAUGCUCUAAUAUUCGAAGCUUUUUAGAGUAUUCAGCAUUAUACUGGGCGGAUCACAAGCGGGAGAUGAGUUUGACCCAAGAUCAGGAAGCAGCUGAUCAAGUUCAUCGAGUAUACAAUAUGAGCAGAAAACGAUUUUUAUUGUGGUUUGCUAUUUUCUGGAAGUCUAUCAACAACGGUGGACCUCCACCAACAAUGAGUCCCUUACAUCUAGCAUCAUUUAACGGGCAUGAUCGGGAGAUUGAAUUGCUAUUGUCUUGUGGGGAAAAGGAUAUCAAUACGACAGAUAGUACCGGUACCUACCCUGUCAUCUUGGCUUCACAGGUUGGUUAUGACAAGACCGUGCGGUUGCUUUUAGAGAAAGGAGCCGAGGUCAACUCCCAAGGUGGAAAAUAUGGAAAUGCCCUUCAAGCUGCAUCUUAUAGAGGUCACGAUAAGAUCGUGCAGUUGCUGCUGGAGAAUGGAGGUGAUGUCAACGCCCAAGGUGGACAUUAUGGAAGUGCCAUUCAAGCUGCAUCUUAUAGAGGUCACGAUAAGAUCGUGCAGUUGCUGCUGGAGAAUGGAGGUGAUGUCAACGCCCAAGGUGGACAUUAUGGAAGUGCCAUUCAAGCUGCCUCUUAUAGAGGUCACGAUAAGGUUGUGGAGCUGCUGCUGGAGAAAGGAGCCGAUGUCAACCGUCAAGGUGGAGAGUAUGGAAAUGCCCUUCAAGCUGCCUCUUAUAGAGGUCACGAUAAGGUUGUGGAGCUGCUGCUGGAGAAAGGAGCCGAAGUCAAUUCUCAAUAUGGAGAGUAUGGAAGCGCCCUUCAAGCUGCCUCUUAUAGAGGUCACGAUAAGGUCGUGGAGCUGCUGCUGGAGAAAGGAGCCGAUGUCAACGCCCAAAGUGGAAAGUAUAGAAACGCCCUUCAAGCUGCCUCUUAUCGAGGUCACGAUCAGAUCGUUCCGUUGCUGCUGGAGAAAGGAGCCGAUGUUAACCGUCAAGGUGGAGAGUAUGGAGAUGCCCUUCAAGCUGCCUCUUAUCGAGGUCACGCUAAGGUCGUUCAGUUGCUGCUGGAGAAAGGAGCCGAUGCCAAUGCUCAAGAUAGAGGGUACGGGAAUAUCCUUCAAGCUGCCUCUUAUAGAGGUGACGAUAAGACCGUGGAGCUGCUUCUGGAGAAAGGAGCUGGUGUUAACGCCCAAGGUGGAAAGUAUGGAAAUGCCCUUCAAGCUGCAUCUUAUAGAGGUCACGAUAAGGUCGUUCAGUUACUGCUGGAGAAUGGAGCCGAAGUCAAUUCUCAAGAUGGAGAGUAUGGAAGUGCCCUUCAAGCUGCCUCUUAUCGAGGUCACGAUAAGGUCGUUCAGUUGCUGCUAGAGAAUGGAGCCGAAUUCAAUUCUCAAGAUGGAGAGUAUGGAAGUGCCCUUCAAGCUGCCUCUUAUCGAGGUCACGAUAAGGUCAUGCAAUUGCUCCUGGAGAAUGGAGCCAAUGUCAACGCCCAAGGUGGACAUUAUGGAAGUGCCCUUCAAGCUGCCUCUUAUAGAGGUCACGAUAAGGUCGUGGAGCUGCUGCUGGAGAAAGGAGCCGAUGUCAACGCCCAAGGUGGAAAGUAUGGAAAUGCACUUCAAGCUGCAUCUUCUAAAGGACACAAUGAGAUCGUGCAAUUGCUGCUGCAGAAUGGAGCGGAGGUCAACGCCCAAGGUGGACAUUAUGGAAAUGCCCUCCAAGCUGCCUCAUAUGAAGGACAUGAUAAAGUCAUGCAAUUGCUCCUGGAGAAUGGAGCCGAUGUCAACGCCCCAGAUGAAGAGUAUGGAAAUGCCCUUCAAGCUGCCUCUAGUGGUGGAUAUGACAAGAUUGCGCAGAUGCUGCUGGAGAAAGGAGCCGAAGUCAAUUCUCAAUAUGGAGAGUAUGGAAGCGCCCUUCAAGCUGCCUCUUAUAGAGGUCACGAUAAGGUCGUGGAGCUGCUGCUGGAGAAAGGAGCCGAUGUCAACGCCCAAGGUGGAAAGUAUGGAAAUGCCCUUCAAGCUGCGUCUUCUAAAGGACACGAUAAGGUCGUUCAGUUGCUGCUAGAGAAUGGAGCCAAAUUCAAUUCUCAAGAUGGAGAUUAUGGAAUUGCCCUUCAAGCUGCCUCUUAUCGAGGUCACGAUAAGGUCGUUCAGUUGCUGCUAGAGAAUGGAGCCGAAUUCAAUUCUCAAGAUGGAGAGUAUGGAAGUGCCCUUCAAGCUGCCUCUUAUCGAGGUCACGAUAAGGUCGUGCAGUUACUGCUGGAGAAUGGAGACGAUGUCAACGCCCAAGGUGGACAUUAUGGAAGUGCCCUUCAAGCUGCCUCCUAUAGAGGUCACGAUAAGAUCGUGCAGUUGCUGCUGGAGAAUGGAAGCGAUGUCAACGCCCAAGGUGGAAUAUACGGAAAUGCCCUUCAAGCUGCGUCUUCUAAAGGACACGAUGAGAUCGUGCAAUUGCUGCAGCAGAAUGGAGCCAAGGUCAACGCCCAAGGUGGACAUUAUGGAAAUGCCCUCCAAGCUGCCUCAUAUGAAGGACAUGAUAAAGUCAUGCAAUUGCUCCUGGAGAAUGGAGCCGAUGUCAACGCCCCAGAUGAAGAGUAUGGAAAUGCCCUUCAAGCUGCCUCUAGUGGUGGAUAUGACAAGAUUGCGCAGAUUCUGUUGGAGAAAGGAGCUGAUGUCAACGCUCAAGGUGGAGUAUACGGGAAUGCCCUUCAAGCUGCAUCUUCUGAGGGACAUGAUAAAGUCAUGCAAUUGCUCCUGGAGAAUGGAGCUGAUGUCAACGCCCCAGAUGAAGAGUAUGGAAAUGCCCUUCAAGCUGCAUCUUCUGAGGGAUACGAUAAGAUCGUGCAGUUGCUGCUGGAGAAUGGAGCCGAGGUUAAUGCCCAAGGUGGAAGGUACGGAAAUGCCCUCCAAGCUGCCUCUGAUGCAGGAUAUGACAAGAUUGUACAGAUGCUGCUGGAGAAUGGAGCCGAUGUCAACGCUCAAGGUGGAAUGUACGGAAAUGCACUUCAAGCUGCAUCUUCUAAAGGACACAAUGAGAUCGUGCAAUUGCUGCUGCAGAAUGGAGCGGAGGUCAACGCCCAAGGUGGACAUUAUGGAAAUGCCCUCCAAGCUGCCUCAUAUGAAGGACAUGAUAAAAUCAUGCAAUUUCUGCUGAAGAAUGGAGCCGAGGCCAAUCCUCAAGGUGAAGAUUAUGGAAAUGCCCUCCUAUGCGCUUGUCAUAGCAGACGAUAA